AUGCCCUCCACCAGCAUCAUCCACUUCGCAGGAAAGCUGCUAGCUCUGUAUGAGGGAGGCCUGCCCUUCCUCCUGGACCCUCUCUCCCUGCACACGCUCGGCAACUUCUCCUUCCCCGUCCUGCCACUGCCCUUCUUCUCCGCCCACCCCAAGCUCGACCCCGCCACUGGAGAGCUGUACAACUUUGGCUGUCUGCUGUUCGGCAUGCAGCCAUUCGCACUCACAGCGGACGGGCAGCACACACGCAUGGGCGCCCUCCAGGGCUGGCCUGAGGUCACUCUCGUGCACGACUGUGCCAUGUCGUCUCGCUUCCUCAUCUUCACCUUCCCCCCCUACGCGGCCUCUGCUGGGGAUCUUGUUCUGGUGCGCUCUUCUUGCCCUCCCGUCUCCUCCCGUCUCCUCCCUUCUCCUCACUUGCUCUCCGUGGCUGUCGUGAGCGACUGUGCCAUGUUGCCACUCUUCCCCACCUUCACCUUUCCCCAGUACGCCGCCUCUUUUGGGGAUGUCUCUCUUGUCUUCCCUUGUCAUCCAAGCACCCCCUUCCCUUCUCUUACCCUCUGCUGCAUCCAUUCUCGUUCGUCCUCUUACACACCCCCCUUUAAUUGGUCCCUUACAUGCUGGCGAUGGCAGCAGUCGUUAGGCAACAGGUUCUCGUACGACGAGUCAAAGCCCACAAGGGUGGUGGUGGUGGGCAAGGAGAGCCUGUCAGUGGAGGUGCAGCUGGAUGUAUGGCCACCCUUCUCCAACUACCACUUCUGUAACGCCUAUGAGGAGGGCGAUCGAUUGCAUGUGCUGCUGACAGUGCUGCCAUGUUACCUCUCUCCCACUGCCCAUCUCUUAUUGCUCGUCCCCCACCAGGAUGGUCCACGGAAUGCGUUGGAGGGAGUAUUCGACAUGUACGGGGUGACAUGGCAGCGCAGCCAUCAGUCGUCCGUGUGGAGGCUCGUCUUUGACACCACCACAUGGGACCUCCUCUCCCGCCACCGAGCCAUGCCUUCCAGGCCUGGCACGGGAGGCCCGGUGGUAGGCAUGGAGUUUGCCGUGGUGAACCCUGCAUAUGUAAGCAGGAAGAGCAGGUAUCUGUACGUGCUAGGGUCCAUGCCUGAGAGGGAGAGGGAGGAGUGGUGGAGAAAUUGCGGGUUGAGGGGUGCCAUGUGGUAUGGAGGCCAGGAGGUGCAGGCAGAGGAGGUUGUGGAUGGGGAGGAGGGAGAGGGAGAGGAGGGAGACGAGAGGGAGGAGAGAGAGAGUGAGGGGGGUGAGGGCGGGAAGGGGAUGGCUGAGUAUGGGUACUUGAACUGUAUUCAGAAGUAUGAUCUGCAGACAAGGCAAGUGACCACUCACGUCACGCCACCUGGCUGCUAUGUCAACGAGUGCAGCUUCAUUCCGAACAGUGGCACUGAUAACGAGGACGCCAGUAAGGAGGACGAGGGGUAUCUGGCGGCGUUUGUGUAUGAUGCAGCGCGGCACAGGUCCCAUGUGGUGGUGGUUGAUGCGAGGGAUGUGGCUGCUCCCCCGGUGGCCGUGGUUCAUCUGCAGUCACAUGUGCCGUAUCACUUUCACGGCACGUGGGCGGCCAAGGCCGCCGUGCAUUAG